AUGGCCCCAUCCCGACCACAACCUCGUAUUUACAUGACUUUAUUGGACCUCCGCUACAACUACUCUAAGUCUCUGCUCCUAUCAUCCCCUCCAACCACUCCUCCCUCUUCCUUUGAGUUCGACCAUGAUCUGACCAUUCAUGAGAUGGGAGGUUUCAACUUGCACGUUGUCCGUGGCUUUAUCUGCUUCACAGUUUUCAAAAGGGCACGUAUCUAUAACCCUAGCACCAGACAACUUGUCAUCUUACCUGCUAUAGAAUCCAAUCUCAUAGCUCAAGUAGAUGAUUACAACAUCUUCUACUUUCUCUGCUGUGACCCUGUUAACGAUCAGUACAAACUGCUCUCCACAAUUACGGUAAUGUCAGACAAUAAUAUGCAAAACGUAAGGUCAGAGCUUUGGGUCUUUGUACUAGAAGCUGGUGGUUUCUGGAAAAGGGUUGCAAAGGAUUUUCCUCCUCAUAUUCCUAAUCCACUAGAAUUGACGAGGAACGGAGUUUUAUAUUAUUUGGCUUGGACCGAUUCGCAUACUUGUCUCCUUGUGAGUUUCGACAUCAGGUCGGAGGAGUUCGAUACAAUGCAAGUACCUCGCAAGGCCGGUGAUGUGCUACCUAGACUGAAUAAGUGGGUGACUCAAAUAGAGUAUUGUGGGAAAGUAGCUGUUUUCGACUUCACCUUUCUCAAAGAGACUGGUAUGGUGGAUCUAUGGGUUGUGGAAGAUUGGAGGAAGAAAGAAUGGUCGAGGAAUACAAUGGUUUUGAAGCCUUCACAGAUGCAAUUAGUCACUUGCGAUAGAUUGAAGCCAAAAGGUACAAUUCUUAAAGGCAAGAUUAUCUUGGUACCGCUAAAGUUGAUUUCACCCUUUUACUUCCUCUGCUAUGAUCUGCGUACCAAUGAUUUAGAAAAGGUUGAGAUCAAAGGGAUACCAGAUCGCUGGUUUAGUAGGCAUCCAAGGACUAAAUAUUUUGACAUGGAGUUUAUGGAUACCAGUGAGAGCAUCAAGUACCUCGAAACUUAA